CCCGCGGUGUGACGGUAGAGAGCCGGUGAGCUGAGCCGGGACUGGGCUUCCCUGCGCGGGUCAGCAGAUGGCGGAGCUGCGCUGUGGACCGGACCCCUCUCUAUAACCCGUAGUAGCAGCAGCGGCUCCGCUCUGAAUCCGCCCCCAGCCUCGGUUCUGUGUCUUUCAGCGCAGUUUAAUGAGCGGCUCGUCCCCGCGGAGACUUACACCACCACUCUGGAGCGCCUGAAUGGACAAAUAAGGGGUACCUGUGUGCGCUCGGACUCCGCCGCCAUGGACAUCACCAGCCGCUGCACUCUGGGUGACCCCAACAAGCUGCCGGAGGGCGUGCCGCAGCCGGCCCGCAUGCCCUACGUCUCGGACAAGCACCCGCGCCAGACGCUGGAGGUCAUUAACCUGCUGCGCAAACACCGGGAGCUGUGCGACGUGGUGCUGGUGGUGGGCGCCAAGAAGAUCUAUGCUCACCGCGUCAUCCUGUCGGCCUGCAGCCCCUACUUCAGGGCCAUGUUCACCGGGGAGCUCGCUGAGAGUCGCCAGACGGAGGUGGUCAUCCGCGACAUCGACGAGCGCGCCAUGGAGCUGCUCAUCGACUUCGCCUACACAUCACAGGUAACUGUGGAGGAAGGUAAUGUACAGACCCUGCUGCCCGCCGCCUGCCUGCUGCAGUUAGCUGAGAUCCAGGAGGCCUGCUGCGAGUUCCUCAAGCGGCAACUCGACCCUUCCAACUGCCUGGGCAUCCGGGCCUUCGCUGAUACCCACUCCUGCCGAGAGCUGCUGCGCAUCGCCGACAAGUUCACCCAGCACAACUUCCAGGAGGUGAUGGAAAGUGAGGAGUUCAUGCUCCUGCCGGCCAAUCAGCUGAUAGAUAUUAUCUCCAGUGAUGAGCUGAACGUGCGCAGUGAGGAGCAGGUGUUUAAUGCGGUCAUGGCCUGGGUCAAAUACAGCAUCCAGGAGCGCCGGCCACAGCUCCCCCAGGUCCUCCAGCAUGUCCGGCUUCCCCUCCUCAGCCCCAAGUUUCUAGUGGGAACUGUGGGCUCAGAUCCACUAAUAAAGAGUGAUGAGGAGUGCAGGGAUCUGGUGGACGAGGCAAAGAACUAUCUUCUCCUUCCUCAGGAGCGCCCCCUAAUGCAGGGACCUCGCACUCGCCCCCGGAAGCCCAUCCGCUGUGGGGAGGUUCUGUUCGCCGUGGGAGGAUGGUGCAGUGGUGAUGCUAUCUCCAGUGUGGAGCGUUACGACCCUCAGACGAACGAGUGGAGGAUGGUGGCCUCUAUGAGUAAGCGGCGCUGUGGCGUGGGCGUCAGCGUGCUGGAUGAUCUGCUGUACGCUGUCGGUGGACACGACGGCUCCUCCUACCUGAACAGCGUGGAGAGGUAUGACCCCAAGACUAACCAGUGGAGCAGUGAUGUGGCGCCAACCAGCACCUGCAGGACCAGUGUGGGCGUGGCCGUGUUGGGAGGGUAUCUGUACGCCGUCGGUGGACAAGACGGUGUUUCCUGUCUCAACAUAGUAGAAAGAUACGACCCGAAGGAGAAUAAGUGGACCCGGGUGGCCUCGAUGAGCACGCGGCGUUUAGGCGUGGCGGUGGCGGUUCUGGGGGGGUUCCUGUAUGCAGUCGGGGGUUCAGAUGGCACCUCCCCCUUAAACACAGUGGAGCGGUAUAACCCUCAGGAGAACCGCUGGCACACGGUGGCACCUAUGGGCACGCGGCGGAAACACCUCGGCUGUGCCGUUUACCAGGACAUGAUCUACUCUGUGGGGGGGCGGGACGACACCACGGAGCUGAGCAGCGCCGAGAGAUACAACCCCCGGACCAACCAGUGGUCUCCGGUGGUGGCCAUGACCUCCAGACGGAGCGGGGUUGGUUUAGCGGUGGUAAACGGUCAGCUGAUGGCGGUCGGGGGAUUUGACGGCACAACCUACUUAAAAACUAUAGAAGUGUACGACCCGGACGCUAACACCUGGAGGCUGUACGGGGGGAUGAACUACAGGAGGCUGGGGGGCGGAGUCGGGGUGAUUAAAAUGACUCACUGUGAAUCACAUAUAUGGUAACACUCAGCCACCUUUGCCCCGCCCCCCCAUAGAUGCCUCACCAUAGCUUGUGCCUCUCAUUGACGCGUUUCUGAUUCAUGAAUGAGAAAAGACUUCAUGCAUAAGACUAUGACCUCUCAGCCACUGAGAUCGCUCAGCCACGGAUACACACCUGCCCCUGCCACCCCCACCUGCCCCUGCCACUCCCACCAGCCACUUCCACCUGCCACCCCCGCGGGCAGCUGAUCUGAGAAGACCCGGACUUCUGCCGCCGCUGGUUUUACAGUGCUCCUCACCCUCAGCCCCGGGCCCGAGCUCACGUGUUCCACCGGCGGGUCACGCUCGCGUUAACGAUGCACUCCUCCUCCUCCUCCUCCGGACGGAUCCGUACUGCCAGUCGUCCCGCUCUCGCGCUGAGCUGGAUCUGCGAGAGUUGUGAGAGCUGCGCGAGUCGGCGCCGUGGUCGCGUGUUGAUGAUAUGAACAGUACUGUGUCUGAAUGGUGUUUUGAUCUGAUGAAUUUGAUGCACUGUGAUGUUUAUUUUUUUUCCUUCACUUUUUAUUUCUCUCUCUUUUAAAAGAUCGUCCAUCUGCCAGAACGUUCCCACUGAUCCGGUGAUGCAUGCUGUUCAGUUUAGUGGUGCUAAUCAGCGGCCGAGUUCAGACUUCCAGCCCAGAUCUGAUUUAGGGUCUGUUUAGAUUUAGGUUGUGUUCAGAUUGGAGGUGGUUUCAGAAGAUUAUAAUCAGAUUGUUGGAUCAGAUUUCAGUUUGUCUUUGGUGUUAAAUCUGCAGUGAGGGGAGUACAGGGUUAGUUACUGACGGCGUCCUCCAUUAUAAUCGUGAAGUCCAAACACACACAUCCGAUCUGAUCACCUACAAAUAACAGUCUGAACGGAGUAAACUGGAGAAACAUGUUUUAUUUUUUAUAAUCAGACAGAAAGCACAUGAAAUCUGCAAAAUUUUAAAUUUGUGCAAAUUGGAUUAAAACCACAUUUGGAGGAGGUUCGAAAAGAUUCUGAUCGGAUUUCAGUUUGUCUAUUGCAUUAAAAUUAAACAGAUGAUUCACAGUCAGCUAGAAAUCUGAUUUUUGCAAAUUGUAUUCAAACCAAAAUACUGAUUAUAAUUAGAUUAUCAGAUCGGAUUUCUGUUUUUUGUAUCGAUCGUUGCGUUAAAAUGACAACCAACCAGGAGUGCAGGUUAGUUACAGAUGCCUUCCCUCGAUUAUGAUUGAUUAAUUAUGAUUGUGAAAAAUCUGAUCUCAGCAGAUCUGAUUGGAGAAAUUAGUCUGAUUCUUAUAUCCAGUCGCAGGAAGUGAACCUUUUUAAAGCCGGUCUUUAAACUCUUCAGACUAAUGAAGGCCUUUGUAAAAAUCAGUGAGCGAUUAAUUUUUGGGUUUUCAGCAUUUCAACACUAGCACUCCUGCUCACUCUCGUUCCACAGGAAGCGCUGCUGAUUUAUUCGUGCACUUUAUUAUUAUUUUUUCUUUUAAGACGUUUGGUCACGGUUAUUUUAAACACAGACAUGUCAACAGUUAAAAUUCAUUCAUUUAUUAUUAUUAUUAUGCAUUUAGAUUGCAAGUUUCCCAACUGAAUAAAGAUUUGUGAUGCAUGUGAUGCAUACUGACGUGCUGAACUUCACCCUGACUGUUUAAAUGGGCUUAAUAUUAAAGAUAAUAAAAGAGCAGUUUAUAAAAAUGUGGAAAAUGUGUCC